AUGCCUGAGGGGCCCAUGCAUCGGCCGAGUAACGGACAUUGGUAUCUGUUAGACGGACCAACUGAUCAUUUUAUUGUGGUUUCUAUGAGCUUUUUAUGUGACUACAAAACAAACAGAUUCCUAUCAUUCACUUUUCCCACUUUGCCUCGUUCUGCUCUUUCGACAGAAUCUUCUGCAACUCAGCGAUCGAAUCCUGAUGAUUGGCAAUCAGCUGCGCAUCCUCUCUACAGUCAAGGCGACAAUGCUCGGAUCUCAAGGUACCUGGUUGUUGGCAUGCUUGCUGAUGCACGAUCUUAA